CUCUGCUGGUCCAGAGGCUUCUGCUUCUGACACAGACUCAGCAAGGCUCAGCAUGUCGCUUUCUGAUGAGGACAAGGCCUAUCUCAGGUUUGCCUGGAGGAAAUUUGAGCCUACCUGGGGCCAGCAUAGCCCAGAUGCUGUGUACAGGAUGUUUCUGAGUUUCCCCAGCACCAAGACCUACUUCCCCCACUUUGACAUGACCCCAGGAUCCCCUCAGAUCCAGGCCCAUGGCAAGAAGGUAGCCAAUGCCUUGAACAAGGCCGUGGAGAACAUAGAUGACAUGCCUACUGCCCUGUCUGAUCUGAGUGACCUACAUGCCUACAAGCUGCGUGUGGACCCAGUGAACUUCAAGCUCCUGAACCACUCCAUGCUUGUAACCAUGGCCAAAAACUACCCAGAAGACUUCACUCCUCAGUUCCAUGCCACCAUGGACAAAUUCCUGACUGCUGUUGGCAGUGUGCUGACCUCCAAAUACCGUUAAGCUGAAGUUAUGCCACCCUGCCCACUGGGCCUGAGGCCACACCUCCUUCCUCCCCUCCCUGUCCUGCACCUCUGCAUUUCUGAAUAAAGUUGAACUGGUGGCAGGA